AUGGCACUGGAAGCCUCCCUGGCUGAGCUGUGCGUAGAGGCCCUCUGCCCUUUGUGUCGAGAUUUCCUGCAAGAACCAGUGACCCUGGGCUGUGGCCACAACUGCUGUGCCUCAUGCCUGCAGCAGCGCUGGGAGCACCUGCAGGACGUCCUCCCCUGCCCAGUGUGCCUGCAACCCUGCACACACGGUCACACCCAGAGGAACACGCAGCUGGGAUAUAUGAUUAAACUGGUCCAGCAGCUUUCCAGCAAGAGGUUGAAGGUCGCAGAGCUGGUGGAAGAGGAGGGAGAAGAAGAGGAGGGCAGAGACUGCUGUAAGAGACACCAGCAGGUCCUGAGCCUGUUCUGCGAAGACGACCUGGAGCUGCUGUGUACCCGGUGCGGUGACUCCCCUGAACACCAGGCCCAUGACCUGACGCCCAUUGGAGAAGCUGCUGCUCAUCACAGGCAGAGGCUCAAGAGCUGCCUGGGGCGGCUGGGGAAGCAGCUGGAAGAGGCAAAAACCGUCUUCGCAAGGCAGGUGUUGGAAAGACAAGGAUGGAUAGAAAAGGUAGAAGAAAGGAGGAGUGAUGUAAUCUGCGAGACUGAGCACUUGAAGAAUUUCUUGAAAAUAGAGGAAGAUGUUCUUCAGAACGAGCUAUCGAGACAAAUGACAGGAUUUUCCAAGAAGAUCAAUGAUAGCCAAAUCCAGCUGUCAGACAUUGGCUCCACCUUCAAGUCACUGCUGAGAGACAUCCUUCGUCUGCUGGUGCAGACGGACUUGGCGCUGCUGAGGGGCGCUGGGCACAUGCACAGGCAGUGGCGCAAUUGGGGCGGCCUGGAGCUUCCCGCAACCUUUUCCUACCAAUUUAUGGAGCCGGCUCUCCUGUUGCCUCCACACUAUGCUGGCCUGCACAACCUCAAGGACCAUUUUCUGGUGCAUCUGACCCUGGAUCCUGAUACUGCCCACCCCAGUCUCGCUGUCUCCCAGGACCGGAAAACAGUCAGUUUUCACCCACUCGGCAGAGCAGGUAGACCCACGUUGGACCCUAGCCCCAAGGCCUUCACCUCCCUAGUAGCCAUCUUGGGCAUGCAGGGCUUUGAAGGGGGCCGGCACUUCUGGCAGGUAGAAAUCCGAGGCUCGGGUCUGUGGUACUUAGGGGUGUGCAAGGAGUCGUUCCCCCGAAAUGCUGCGGGCACUCCGUCCCCGGGUGAUGGCUGCUGGCAACUUCAGCAGCUCACUGGGGUCCAUUUGGACACGCACCAGGCACUAAGCGUUGGCGUGUUUCUAGACUAUGACUUGGAAAAAGUUGCCUUUUACAAUUUGGUUAACUGCUCCCACUUCUGCACACUCAAUGGCAGCUUUACGGGAAAGCUCCUGCCCUAUUUCUGUCUUGGCUCCUCGUCCAUAACGUUUUCCAUGACUCUUGUCUGA